AUGGAGGCUCUCCUUAAAUGGAAGGCCAGCCUUCAUCAGAAUAACAAUUCCCAGCUACUACUCCCUUCAUGGAGGAAAUUGGCAAACGGAAGCAGCAACAACAAUCCAUGCAAGUGGGAGGGAAUUACUUGCAAUGACGCUGCAGGAGUGGUCACCAUAAUAAACCUCGGCAGCAUGGAUUUGCAAGGUACUCUCCAUGACUUUAGUUUCUCAUCCUUCCCUAAUCUCAUCCAUCUUGAUCUCCGUAACAAUUCAUUUUUUGGUUCCAUCCCCGCACAGAUUGUCAACCUUUCUCAACUCACCUACCUUGAUCUCUACAAUAACAAUCUUAACGGCUCAAUCCCUGCUGCUUUAGGUGUUCUGAACAACCUGACUUUUCUAGGUCUCGGGAAUAAUCAAAUAAUUGGAUCAAUUCCCAUGGAGAUAGGAAACUUGACGAAGCUCCAAGUGUUGAUGAAUAUGUUAUCUGGAUCCAUUCCACCUGAACUUGGGAGGUUGGAUUCUCUUGUUCAGCUUGAUUUGUCCACAAACUAUUUGACAGGUUCCAUCCCUCGAGAAAUUGGAAACUUGAGAUAUCUUGGCCGACUUUAUUUGAGUGAAAAUAGUCUCAGGGGUUCACUUCCUGCUUCUAGUGGAAACAUGAGAUCUCUAUCUGUACUUAUUUUGUCAAGCAAUAGUCUCAGUGGUUCACUUCCUACUUCUUUUGGAAAUUUGACCAAUCUUUUUGGUAUAUUCCUUGUGAAUAACCAAUUAUCCGGUCAAUUACCUCAGGAAAUCAGCAAUCUUACAAAAUUGCAAUACCUGCAGCUUGGAAAUAACUCUUUUACUGGACUCCGUCUUGACAAUAACCAUCUUACGGGGAACAUUUCAGAAGUCUUCGGUGUUUACCCGAAUUUAACUUACAUUGAUCUUAGCUCCAAUCAAUUGUCUGGUGAGCUUUCAGUGUAUUGGGUAAAGUGCCCACAAUUGGAAAACCUAAAAAUAUCAGGAAACAAGAUUUCUGGUCGAAUACCACCUGAGCUUCUUGGAAAGUCAUCAACUCAGCUGCAAGGAAUUGAUCUUUCUUCAAAUUUCCUCGUAGGCCCGAUUCCAAGAGAAUUGGGGAAACAUAGCUCAUUGUUGAUACUAAAGUUGAACGAUAACCUACUUUCUGGAGCCGUACCUGAGGAGGUGGGAUUGGUUUCCCAACUUCAGCAUCUUGACCUCUCAAUGAACAAUCUCAGGGGAUCAGUUCCAAAACAGCUAGGGAAAUGCAAGAACCUGCUUUACUUGAAUUUGAGCAAGAACAGAUUCAACGACAGCAUUCCAAGUGAAAUUGGUAAAUUAGUUUCCUUACAGAUCCUACUUGACCUUAGUGAUAACUUGUUCACUGGAGAGAUCCCUCAGUAG